UCCACACCACCAUUGCAGCACUCCAUCACACACAACACUUGCCACUGCGAGAGCGAGAGUGAGCAAGGAGUAGACCAACGUACGUACGACGACGGCCAUGGCGAUGAGGAAGGAGGUCCUGCUGGCGGCCAUGAUGCUGACGCUGCUGGUGGCGGCGCCCGGCGGGGCGCUCGCGGCGUGCGAGGUGGGGCAGCUGACGGUGUGCAUGCCCGCGAUCACCACCGGCGCGAAGCCGAGCGACGGGUGCUGUGGCAACCUGCGUGCGCAGCAGGCGUGCUUCUGCCAGUACGCCAAGGACCCCUCCCUCGGCGCCUACAUCAAGAGCCCCCACGCGCGCGAGACCCUCGUCUCCUGCGGCCUCGCCGUCCCGCACUGCUAGGCUAGGCGCCAGCUCGCCUAGCGCGUAUGGCUCAGCUAUAGGUAGGCUACGUACCUCCGUCCAUGAGAGACGAGAGACUAUAGCUUUAGCCUAGCUGAGUGCGUGAUGCGUCCAUGCACGCACGCAUGUUCCUGUUAUGAUGCUGGAAUAAAAUGAUGGCGAUGAAUAAAAAAUGAUCUACGGCGGUCAGGCUGCUGGUGGUGGUAGUAAAUUUGUGUCGCAACUUGAUGAGAUCGAUUGAGUUGUGUCGCUAU